CUUGUUUGUUUUCAUAUUUUAUUAGCGAAAUAAGAAUUUUCUUGCAUGAACAACCUAACCUUGAACUAAAGAAAAAUAAUUUGUAGAACAAUAAUUUUGACAAUUAUUUUAUUCUAGCAAGAAUUAAUUAAAUUUGCCCAUACAUACAAUUUUAUGAUUAGAUUUACACAUCAUGUCGAAAAAUAGCACUAAAAUAUUUCCUGGGGCUUUGGUGUGUGAAGAAUCAAAACUAAGAGGAGAUAUUACGGUCGGGGCCGGCACUAUAAUACAUCCUAGCGCAACAAUAAAUGCAGAAGCAGGCCCCAUUAUUAUUGGUGAAUCUUGUUUAAUAGAAGAACAAGUCAAAAUAAUUCAUAGGCUUCCGUUUGAUCAUCAAACUAGCGAAAAUACCCCGGUACUUAUUAUAGGAUCCAACAAUGUAUUUGAGGUUGAUUGUACUGUUGAGGCUUCAAAAAUUGGAAGUAACAAUGUUUUCGAAACAAAAUGUUUUGUUGGAAACAAGGUGACUGUAUCUAAUGGAUGUACCAUUGGUGCGGGAUGUAGGAUAACAGGCGAACAGAUUUUAAAAGAAAAUAUUACAAUAUAUGGAGCGAAAUGUCAAAUGAGAGAAGGUUUAGAUAAGCCUGUGCCGCAAACAUUACAGAUGGAAACCUUAAUGAAAAUGUUACCGAAUUACCAUCACAUACGGAAACCGAACAAAAAAUACUAAACCUAGGUUGUAUUGUAUUUCAGGAUAAAUAUUAAAGUUAAUUUUUAAAGUGAUUGAGUUGAUUAUUUACUA